AUGCCGCCGCCCGCACCGCCCACGGUGUUGGUGCCGUCGGAGCGCGUCGUGGUGCUGCUGUCGUGCGUGCUUUCUGCGCUCGGCUCCGGCCUGCUGGUGGCCACGCACGCCCUGUGGCCCGACCUGCGCAGCCCGGCGCGCCGCCUGCUGCUCUUCCUGUCGCUGGCCGACCUGCUCUCGGCCGCCUCCUACUUCUACGGGGUGCUGCAGGACUUCUCGGGGUCCUCGUGGGACUGCGUGCUGCAGGGCGCGCUCUCCACCUUCGCCAACACCAGCUCCUUCUUCUGGACCGUGGCCAUCGCCCUCUACCUGUACCUCAGCAUCGUGCGCACUGCGCGCCGUCCCCGGUCCGACCGUCUGCUCUGGGUCUUCCACAUCGUCAGCUGGGGGGUUCCACUGGCCAUCACUGCGGUCGCCGUCUCGCUGAAGAAGAUCGGCUACGAUGCAUCGGAUGUUUCUGUGGGCUGGUGCUGGAUCAACCUGGAGGCUGAAGACCGCACCCUGUGGAUGCUGCUGACUGGAAAGCUAUGGGAGAUACUGGCCUACAUCACACUGCCCGUGAUCUACAUCCUCAUCAGGAAGCACAUUAACAGGGCGCACGAGGCGCUCUCUGAGUACCGGCCUAUCCUCUCCAGCGCACACCCGCAGCAGCACUGCACCUCCGUAGCUGAUAAGAAACUGGUCCUCAUCCCACUCAUCUUCAUCUGCUUGCGGGUCUGGAGUACCGUACGGUUCGUCCUGACGCUCUGUGGCUCUCCAGCCGUGCGCAUGCCAGUGCUGGUCGUUCUGCACGGGAUCGGGAACACGUUCCAGGGAGGAGCCAACUGCAUCAUGUUCGUCCUCUGCACUCGCACCGUCCGGACUCGGCUCUUCUCUCUCUGCUGCUGCUGCUCCUCCUCCCAGCCUGCUGCCGAGAGCCCGGUCGGCCCUCCGGAGGUGCAGGCGCCCUCCAAGAGUGGAGACUCUCAGAUAUCCAGACGGACUCCCGUGGAACUUCCAAGCACCUGAACUUCUGUCCUUCCUAGUUCUAAGCUUAGAAAGUGAUGUGCCUGCCAACUGGUCCCAAGAAUUAAAUCAC